CAAACAUCGCCGUAAACAUUUGGAGUACAGUGAAAUCACUGUGCUGUGUGUGUUGGUGGUGUAGCGGCGGCGUUGUGCAGCAGUGGAGUGGUGGUGCGGUAGUGGCGGCAUUAUUCCCAUAGGUCGUGUGACAAGAAAAGGAUUAGAAAAAAGACUCGAACGGUAAAAGCGCGUCUCGCUGUGGUGGAAUAAUCGGAUGCAGGAAACGGAGGCUCCUACUACGUGGUCGGUAUAAAAACUGUUUUGUGAUUGUUGGUUCGUUCGGUUUUCGUUCACCGUUCGGUACUUCAGUUAUUAGGGCUGUUUGUUUGAAAUUACAAUAAAGGGCGCAACCGAAAAUGGCAGAUCAACAGCAGUACUUCCUAAAGUGGAAUGACUUCCAGACGAACAUGGUGACAUCGUUCCGUCAUCUACGAAACGAGAAAAGCUUUACAGAUGUAACGCUCGCCUGUGAAGGACAAACGUGCAAAGCUCACAAGAUGGUCCUAUCGGCUUGUAGUCCAUACUUUAAAUCUCUUUUGGAGGAAAACCCCUCGAAGCAUCCCAUCAUCAUCCUGAAAGACGUUUCCUACAACCAUCUGCAGGCGAUCCUCGAGUUUAUGUACGCGGGCGAGGUAAAUGUGUCGCAGGAGCAGCUACCGACCUUUCUCAAAACCGCCGACCGACUGAAAGUGAAGGGCCUGGCGGAAACGCCAACAAAUAUCAAGCGGGAAGGUUGAUUCGCUGCUGCCCGAUGCUCUCUGGUGCCGUGUGAACCCUCCCCCAUCCUACUGUGUGCGUUUAUAUUAUUAUUUUUUGUAUUUUCUCUUCCUUUUUAUAUUAUCAAAAAGAACUCUUUUAUAUAUACAACAUUAUAUAUAUACACACACACACCUAACACGGAUACCGAUACCGAUUAGCUAUUAGUAGUGAACGAAACGAAAGCAAGGCAGGAGAGGAUUGUUUUGAUAUCGAAACUCGGCUUUAAUGCGAGUGAUGUGGUGUGUGGUGGGAUGUACCGGGGGAACACACACUCACACACCCCCCCCCCCCCCCCGGGGUGCUGCUGGGCGAGAGGAUGCGCAGAGAUAUUGAUGUUACUAUAACGAGUGGAGCAAGCUAGGAAGCAUAAGGCUGGCAGGCGUGUGCAUAUUUGGUCAGUUGAUUGAUGGUGGUGAAGGCAGGAGCAAUUAUUAGAAUGAUAGCGAAACAACAACAACAACAAAAAAACACUAACUAAUUAAGCAACAGGUGCGUGUGUGGUGCGCACGCGAUGUUUGAAGUAAGCCCGCGGGCGAAUGCUUUGUCUUGAGAAGAGGGUGUAUCGUGUUAGGAGUACAGUCUGUUACAGAGCUAAGAUUAAGUGUGAAGUUGAGAGAAGGGGAAACCGAAGGAACCAGCAAUUGUGUGACGAGGCAAAAGGGAAAACAAAAACAAUAGAGGGACGUGUGUCACAUAAUUAUUGCAGUGAUAAAACAAAGUAAUGCAAAACCAAGCUUCUAUGAAAAAGGCUUUGGAAGGCUAAAAAAAGAAGGGGAAUAGGACACCAGGAAGAAAACAAUCCACAGUAAAUAGAGAGAAGAAAACAGAAGAGGAAUGGAAAUUCUUGGUUAGACACACACGCGCACACGCUACCAGCAAGGACUUGCUUUCCGGUAAUCUUACUUACUUACACCUUGUCGUGUUUGGUGUGGUAUGAACGAUAUGUUGCAGAUCUCAAAACAAGGCGUUCAAAAUUUUAAAAGGUACGUUUGGUGAUCGGUUGUAUUUUAAACAUAUAUGGACGCGCUUGUUUUGUGGUCUGAAAAACAUCGGACCACACUAGCAACAGGUGGUAGGAGGGGGAUGUUUGUUAUUUGCGUUUGUCUUCUCACUUUCAGUUUAUCACAAUCCAAUGCAUCCAACGCUCUAAAGCCAUAAGCUUGGGUAAAGGCCUUAAAAUGGAUAAACCGCGUACAUAAAGGGAAGCGUAGCAAAUAACGAAGGGCGAAAGCAGGUGUGCGUGUGUGUGCAUAUGAUAAGGCAGAAAGAGAAGAGGGAGAGAGGGACACCCCAUAAUUACCAUUUAUUCCAAAUGAAGAACAACGUUGUACAAUAAUGCCCCCCUCCCCGGAACUCGUCGGAGGAUGAUUUAUUUUAUUUUACGCCGAUUUGACGAGACAGAGAGGACCCGCCCUUUUUGCGUUUAGCUGUUCAUUUUUAGCCUAUAUUCCGAAUGUUUUGUGACACCCCCCCAAUCUCCUGUUCAAGAAUUAGUAACAAAACAAUUGAAUUUCUUUCUCCUUCAUUUUAUUUAAAACACAUUUUUUCUUCUGCCACAAGGAGGCAUAUAAGCAAGCAGAACGACGGUAAAGGGGCCACAGCAGACCGACAUGAGUGUGUAAGAGAACGCAUGUGUGCAUUAUUUGGACAGAGGAAGGAAUGGCCGCCCGAACCCAAGACCACACAGGUGUCCUUCUUUACCAAGAUCGCGUUUUGGGUGUUGGGCGUUGGGCGAGAAAAAAAAACUGUACAUAUAUUAGCAAUGAUGAAUGAGGGCCAAGAGAACACAGAGACCACUAACUU